CAUCGCGCGAACAUUCUGAUUGGACACUUAAAAGGCGUUUUCUUCGCUCUCAGCUAACUGUUGGUUUCCGAUUGGUCAACGCGAUUAUCAGUUGGAGCCGCGGCUUAACGUCACAUGGCCACUGCAACAUGGCCGCCGCCACAGAGUGUGGAGCCGAGGCAAGCGCUUCAGAAAACAACAUGUCUCUGAAGAAAGCUUUGUCUGCAGCGUCUCCCCUCGCUCUGCGCGUCGUCGCUGAAUGCCCAGUGACGAAAGCAAGAGCUUGUGAUCUAAUACUGCCACACUGUGCCGUCAGCACCCCGGUGUUCAUGCCUGUCGGUACUCAGGGGACUCUGAAAGGAAUCACUGUGGAUCAGCUGGAGGGUCUUGGCUGUCAGAUUUGUCUUGGAAACACAUACCACCUGGGCAUGAGACCGGGGCCUGAUUUGAUCGAGAAAGCCAAUGGUUUACAUGGGUUCAUGAACUGGAAGAGGAAUCUCUUAACUGACAGCGGCGGGUUUCAGAUGGUGUCUCUCGUUGAGCUCUCAGAGGUCACGGAGGAAGGUGUGAAGUUUAAGUCCCCCUACGAUGGCAAAGAGAUCCUCCUAAGUCCAGAGAAGUCCAUCAGCAUACAGAACAGUCUGGGGUCGGACAUCAUGAUGCAGCUGGACGAUGUAGUCAGCAGUACCGUGACAGGACCUCGCGUGGAGGAGGCCAUGCAUCGCUCCAUUCGCUGGCUGGACCGUUGCAUUGCAGCCAAUAAAAAUUCAGACAAGCAGAACCUUUUUGCCAUCAUCCAGGGAGGGCUGAAUGCGGAGCUGCGCAAGGCCUGUCUAGAUGAAAUGACUCAACGCGAUGUUCCCGGUUUUGCCAUCGGCGGCCUGAGUGGCGGAGAAGAGAAGAAUGACUUCUGGCGCAUGGUCACCCUGAGCACCGACCACCUGCCACGAGAAAAGCCUCGAUACCUCAUGGGUGUGGGGUACGCUGUGGAUUUGGUGGUGUGCGUUGCUCUGGGGUGCGAUAUGUUCGACUGUGUGUUCCCCACCCGCACUGCAAGGUUUGGCUGUGCCUUGGUUCCUUGGGGAUCUCUUCAAGUAAAACAGAAGCAGUACGCAAAGGACUUCCAGCCCAUAGACCCAGAAUGUCAGUGUCAUACGUGCAAGAAACAUAGUAGGGCUUACCUUCAUGCUCUGUUUAAGAGUGACACGGCAGCCAUGCAUCACAUCACCGUCCACAACAUCGCCUACCAGCUCACCUUGAUGCGCUCUGUGAGGCAGAGCAUUGUGGAGGGCUGCUUCCCUGAGUUUAUACGGACGUUCAUGAAGCGACUGUUUCCCUCCCGUGACCAGUACCCCGGCUGGGCCGUGGACGCACUGGCCUCCGUCAACGUGACAUUGGAGUAGGACCGCCGUGCUCACAAGGGGGAUGUCAAACAGUGACUGAAGAGAUUUUAUAUCUUUUUAAUGACUUUUUUAAUGGGUUAUUGGUUUUUUUUUACUCUUUGUUCAUAUUGUUAUGUAAAUUGCCAGUUUUGUGGGCAAUGAGUAACAUAUUUUUUUUUAUCUCCAAGGAGAACGCCUGAUUGUCUUUUUCUUUACUCAGCCGCUGCGAAUUGUCUUCAGUACACAUUAGGAUGAUGUGCAACUAAAUGGUGUUUAAAUGAGGUUUGAAACACAUGAACUAUCUCCUCAUAUGCUCAGACACUUUUGGUUGUUACCAUGGUUACAGAGCUAGGCCCACCCACUUGAAAUGAAAUUGUUUGCCUUUUCAUCAACAUGGUAUUGCGUUUUUGCCAAAGGCACGAGAUGAAUAGAUGUCCAUGUAUUGUAGUGUUUUAACCGACGUCCUCACAGACCAGUGGUUGUCAGCUCACUGACGGAUUAUGAAGGUAGCUCGCUACAGUUGUGUGCUUGUCAGGAUCACCACCAGAGGGCAAAUGGACGGAAACUGAAUGAAAUGCUAAGCAAUGUUUCUAAAAGAGUUCAAACCAGUUCAUCUGUUUUCAGGUAAAAAAUAACAGUAUCAUAUGAAUUCAAAUGUAGGAGGACACAAUGCAUUCAUAUCCAAAUUAGUCACAACCUUAAGUCAGCAUGCAGUUAAAUAUUUCAACUCAUUCUUUCCCAUUGUUAAUCUACAUUUUGUCAUCGGUAUGGACAAUAAGCCGUUUUGACCCUCUGAGAGAAGGUUUUGUUUGGAGCUCACAGAGGUGCUGCUUUGGCUCUGUGGUGGGUGAUUAAUAUAUAUCAUUGGAAGUUGAUUUGAAUAACACCUGUUGUCUGUGGCUUUGAGUCAACAGUCCUCUUAAGCACCACAUUUGAAUUUCAUUAGGGCAUCUGUUGUGACCACAGGCUCUAUGAGAUUAAAUCUGUGACAUGUGAUGAGUGUCAGGCAAUCUUAAUAUCUAGCACAGCACCGUGAUCAAGAAAUGAUGGCCGUGAAUAAGAAGUGUAGUUCUCAAGUGUUGCACCCUGAAACACACGUGUGUGUUAAUUAUAGUUACAAUGAGAGAUGGCUGAAAUAUUAAUUUUAUGUUACAAUAGCCUUCAGGAAGUUUUGUAUAUAAAGCUUGUAUUGUUGCAAUAUAUAACCCUUUCAUGAGUAGAAGCGUUUUCAGAGAUAUAGAAUAUAGAUUUAACUGUGUAUUUCAUGUUUUAUCUUUUUAUAGCAUAAAGCAACAAUUAGUUAACUCAA